UGUCCACAAAGCGAAACAUCACACAAUGAACAUGACCACCUCGUGUUCUUCUUCUUCUUCUUCUUCUUCUUCUUCUUCUUCCCCGCGACUCUUCGCCACCAAAUCUCAAAUCUACAAGGCUCCUCUUUUAUCCUUCUCGACUCCUAAACGCCGUCGUUCUCGUCCUCGCCGGAACCGCAAAUCCAAUGGCUCAACCUUCGACCUUAACGACGGCAAUGUUCUUACCAUCUCUACUUCGUCUUCCGCCGGAGCCGAAGACCAAAGUCUGAGCUUGACCCUAGACGUUCACCGGAUUUCAGCUCUAGCUACUUCUCGCUUCCAAUUGUUUCUCGAUUCCGGCAAAGACGCUUUCUCCGACUUGCAAACUCUAAUCGCACUCGACGAUAACCGGCGAAUCGUCGUCUCGUGCAGGAAAUCAACUAUGCAGUUCGUCGGAGGUGUGGUUUUGCUUGGAUUCGUAUUUGGUGUUGCAAUUAGAGUUCUGGUGAAAUUAGGAUCGGCUUUUAAGGGUAAUUUCCAGGGCAAACCCAAAUUAGUAGUGAGGAGAGACAGGAGUCUUGGUGGGAAGGAAGUGGUUGUAGCUGUCGACAACAGUCGCUCAUCUUCAAGCUCCAUAGCUCCUGGUCAGGUUUCUCGAAGUAACUCUGUACCCACAAAUCUCAAGCUCAGAGCUCAGAAUAAUUUGCCGAAAUGGUGGCCUACUUCAUUGCCUAGCCAGAGCUUGGAAGUAGACAGAGAAGACUAUCAGAGAGAAGCCAACAAAAUCGUUCGAGCAAUCGUGGAUAACAGAACCAGCGGAAAGGACAUCACGGAUAAUGAUAUCAUUCAACUGCGGAGAGUAUGUAGGAUUUCUGGAGUACAAGUCUCUAUUGAGCCAGCAAAUACCCGAGAUUCCUUUUACAGAACAUCUGUUGAUUUUGUCCUAAAUGCUUGCAGCAGAGCUCCUUGGGACUCUUCUUCUGUCGAGAUUUGUAGUGAAGAUGCCCGAGAGUUCAUCGCUGGCCUUGCUGAGAACAUUGGACUUGCAAAGAUAGAUGCUGCUAGGAUGGUUUGUGCAGCUGUUGCUGCACGCACACGUUCAUGGUUUCUACAAGCUUGGGCUCUGGAAAUACAAGGUAAACAAUCUGAAUCGGUGGCAGAACUAUCGAAAAUAUGCCUCAUUCAUCGCAUAUUUCCUCCCGAGGAGUACUCUGCUGAGAUGGAAAUGGUUGCAAGAGGGUUGGAGAAACUCAUGAAGCUCGAAGAGCGACAGUCUCUACUGAAAACGUUUGUUGGAAUGUGUUGCAGUGAAGAGUCUCAGAGAAGCGCAGCUGAGGCUCUGGGUUUGGUUCACUCGUAGUUAAAUUGCUUCUAUGCCUAUUUUUCAACUUCUCAUGAGAAUAUAAAAACAAUUGGGACAACCAUUUUGAAACACUAUGUCUGAUCUCAACUUAACAAAAUGAUUUUUUAAUGAAA